AUGGUGAACUACUUCUUAUUGUUUCAAGACCAACUACGUAGAGCAAAAGCUUCUUGCACUCUGAUCCUCCUGCUUGUUUUAUUAACACUACCUUUGCUGGUAUUGUUGAGAAGAAUGAAGCGUCGAAGUUGGAGAUUACCUCCUGGUCCUAAUAGGCUUCCUCUCAUUGGAAACCUUCACCAGUUUGGCGACAUGACAGCUCAAUCACUUCAGAAGCUUUCUAAUAAAUAUGAACCUUUGAUGUUUAUCCAAAUAGGCUCACAUCCUGCUGUGAUGAUCUCAUCAACAGAUGUAGCUAAAGAAGUCUUCAAAACUCAUGAUAUUGUGUUUUCUGGUAGACCUGCGUUCUAUGGUCCAAAGAUUAUCUUUUAUGGGUGCACUGAUAUUGCUUUUUCUCCUUAUGGUGAGUACUGGAGAGAGAUCAGAAAGAUAUCAAUAUCAGAACUGUUGAGUCCAAAUAGAGUUGCAUCAUUUCGAGCUGUGAUGGAAGAGGAAGUAUCUAUUGUCAUCGAUCUUGUUCGCAAAUCUUCUGCAUCUAUGGUUCCCAUAAAUUUUACUGAGAUCUCAUGUUGUGUCAUAAACGAUGUAAUAUGUCGAACUGCCUUUGGUAGAAAAUUCGAACAGGGAGGUGGUAAGCUUUGUAGAAUUCUUCAAGUAACCCAGAAAAUGAUUGCUGGAGCCAUGACCACAGAUAUCUUCCUGUGGAUGGGUAGGAUCCACAGGUUUGAUGGAGUAAACGCGAAAUUAGAGGAUAAUUUCCAGCAAUUAGAGAGCAUAAUAGAUGAACACCUCGAACCCCAUAGACCCAGACCUGAAUUUGAAGAUUUUGUCGAUAUUCUACUCCGGCUUCAGAAGGACCUUGGUCAGAGUAUUUCCUUCGGUAGAGAUCAAAUUAAGGGAAUUCUCACGGACAUUUUUAUUGCUGGAACCGAUGCGUCUUCUUCGACAAUUGUGUGGGCAAUGACUACAUGGCUGUGCCCACAGAAUGUUGUCUUUGUAUCGUGGAUAAAGGUGACCGUGGCCUGGAAAAAAAUGGCCGGGGAGUAA